CGUGCGCUGCUGGUUUUAUUACCAAAUUCUAGUUGGCAAUGUGGGUGUAGAUAAGAAGUAAAAGGGGUGGUUUCACCCCCCACUUUACUCUGCGGUUAGUCUGAACAUACAUGGGGGAUGAUUAUUGAUGUCCGAUAGACGCGAAAGAGCUCACGACGACGGGAGAAAAUGGGGUUAUUCGAUCGUUUAGCGAGCCUUUUAGGUCUUAAGAAAAAGGAAGUAAACGUUUUAGUAGUGGGCCUUAACAACAGUGGUAAGUCGACGGUCAUAAAUAAUUUCAAACGCGAGGAUGACCGUUGCAUAGACAUAGUGCCCACUGUCGGGUUUAAUGUCGAAAAAUUCGCAUUUAAAAAUGUCAAUUUUACUGCGUUUGAUAUGUCCGGUCAUGAUCGUCACAGGUCGUUGUGGGAACAUUAUUACAAGGAUUGCCAUGGAAUUAUCUUUAUCAUUGACAGUAGCGAUAAACUCCGACUGGUUGUCGUGAAAGAAGAAUUGGACAUGCUUCUGCAGCAUCCAGAUGUAGCAGGACGCAAAAUACCCAUACUCUUCUUGGCGAACAAGAUGGACCUGCCCGAUUCCCUGACUACUGUGAAGUUAGUCGCGGGAUUGGGACUCGAGCGCAUACAGAACAAGCCGUGGCACAUACGUGCAACGAACGCGUUAACCGGCGAAGGUCUGCAGCCGGCCAUUGAGUGGCUGACGGAUCAGAUUCGUGACAUAUUCAUCAACAAGAGAUAAACUGCAUCGGCAUCAGCGACGCUCGGGCGAACUUCGUCGCAUCGGCAGGUCAAUACAUCACGACGCAGCAUCUGUAGCGCGUGCCGUGUACAGGUCAAUUUUAUCGCGAGCUGAUGUUUCUCAAAAACGACGUAACGAACGGGAAUCCUCGGACUUCUGCGAAACUGAACGUUUCACGCGAUGAAUCUUCAGCGCAAAAGUCUCAUAUACUUCGUUCUGAGAUAUUUUAAUAUCGUGUAAGAAAUAUAAUUGGUGCAAGCACACACACGCGCUUAGGUCGAGAUCGCGAAUUAUUCGUAUCUGAAGUAUUCGCAUUUGGGAAACAUCCUCUCGGGUUCAGUUCAAUUUUUAUCCGUCCACGGAAAUAUUAGCGUGGUAUUUAUGCGCUGAGAUAUACAUGUACAUAAGAGAUCGUUGAUUCAACGUAAUUGGGCAAUUAAUUGCUAAAAAUAAUUACAGUCUUCGACAUGUUACUUUGAAAUAUGCGAAAUAACUGCAUAAUUUGCAGGGAUAUUUCAUUAUAAUAUUUGGA